AUGACGUCCACCAUCUGCCUUUACCGUAGUUAUACUUUGGAGGUUGGAUUGAAGGUUCCUGCAAGCUACCCUAUUGAGGUACCUCCAAAGAAACCGAAGAAUGCGAAGGAGGUAGCUAGUUCAUUGGCAACCAUAGUAGCAAUUGGCAGGGUUGAGCCAUGCCCUGAUGAUCGAUAUCGUAAUGUUGUUGCCGGUCAAUGCAAGGAAUUCUGGUGA